AACACUCUUUUCUUUUAAAGCAUUUUCUGCAGCACAUGAACUCUGUGGAGAAAGGAACCAGAGAGAGGAGACGCUAUGAGUCUGACUGCAGCUCUGAGAGGAUUUGUUGUUUUACUUUGCUGCUUUUCAGUUGUGAAGAGUCAGACAGACUGGAAAGUGAAAUACUAUCAGACUGAAAUCUGUGCUGAUAAAGGAUCAACUGUGGUCAUACUUUGCUCAUAUGAUUUUCCAGUAAUGUUAAAUCGAGUCAGCACCACUGUUAAAAAAAGCUUCUGGUUCAUCAGAACUGAAGGAGAACCUGUAGACCUGAGAGAAGAUCCAGAAUACAAAGAUCGAGUGACUUACAGCAGUUCUCCAAAGAGCUGUUAUCUGAUAAUCUCUGGAGUGAGAGAGAGCGACUCAGCAGUUUAUAAGUUCAUGUUCAUAACAAACCAUCAAACUGGACGUUACAUCGGAGAACCUGGAGUGAGAUUAACUGUUAGAGACCUCCAGGUUCUGCUGGUUUCCACAUCAGUCCAGCAGGAAGAUUCAGACGUUCAGCUAAAGUGUUUCAUCAGAUGUGAUCCAAAAGGUUUGGAGGAAUAUGUCUGGUUCAUAAAUGGAGAAGAAACCAGAUCAAGGAUUCAGUCUGAAACCAGUCAGACGUUUCUGUACAGAAGCUGGAAUUCUUCCACAGACAGGAUCUCUUGUUCUCUGAGAUCUUCAAAGACGGAUCAAAGUCCUGAAGUUUAUGCUCCACGAACUCCAACUGUAUCACUGGAUCCCCCCACAGAGAUUCUGGAGGGCAGAUCAGUGACUCUGACCUGCAGCAGUGAUGCUAACCCAGCAGCUAAAUUCAACUGGUUCAAGAAGAUGAAGUCAAGUGUGAAAAUUCUCUCUCAAGGUCCACAGUUUGUCUUCGAUUCAAUCCAGUCCACAGAUUCUGGAGAUUAUUACUGUAAAGUACAGAACUAUCUGGGUUUGAAAAUAUCAGACUUUAAACUGGAGGUGAAAUAUGCUCCAAAGAACAUCUCUGUCUCUGUGAAUCCUCCUGAGAUCCUGGAGGGCAGUUCAGUGACUCUGACCUGCAGCAGUGAUGCUAACCCAGCAGCUAACUACACCUGGUUCAAAGCAAAGAACCGUCUUAAUGCUGCAAAUGUUUAUCAUCUUCCCUCCAUCAACAUAAACGACAGCGGGAUCUACAGAUGUAAAUCUGAGAACAAACAUGGAUGGAUCAACUCAUCUGUGCACAUAGAUGUUCUGUACCCUCCCAGGUCUCCGUCUGUCCAUCUGUCCAGAACCAUCAAUGGUUCUGGACAGAUCCUGGAGGGCAGUUCAGUGACUCUGACCUGCAGCAGUGAUGCUAACCCAGCAGCUAACUACACCUGGUUCAAGGAGAACAAAGACUCUCCUAAAUCAGAAGAACAAAUGUUCACCAUCAGUGACAUCACAGCAGAAGAUGGAGGGCUUUACAUCUGUGUGGCUCAGAACAAACUGGGCCAGCAGAACUCCACUGUUCAAGUGUCUGUUGGAUCAGGUUCAGUGGGUUUAGCUGCUGCAUGUUCAAUCCCUGCAGUUCUCCUGACUCUCAUCUUCUUGGCUGUUUUAUUCCUGAAGAUCUUCAGAAGAAGAUCCUCAGGACCCUUAGUGAUCAGGAGUCAAGACAAAGAUGCACAGAACCGUGAAGGUUCUGAUCGUGAAGAUCCAACAUCCAGACAUCCAGCAGAGGAUGAGACUGAAAUUCAGUACGCCACCGUGACCUUCACCAAGAGGCAGGAGGAUCCUCUCUACUCCAACAUCGAACCGGUCAAAGCAAAGAGAAGACGGGACGCUCAUGAAGACAAAGAAGACGUGGUGUACAGCCUGGUCGGACCAUCCAGGAGUCCAGCUGACUGACUGAUCUGCUGAAUGAAAAAAGUCCUUUAUAAUCCAGAUUCAUCUGUAUGUUAAUCUGCAGCUUUAAUCCAAGAAAUGUACAUUUAUAUACAGGAAUGUUUCAUUAGCAGAAAGACUGUGUUCAGUUUUAAACUAACUAAUCAACAUCAAAAAGUGUUUUUCAUAGCCACUGACAAAAUAGCAGUUGUGUUUGCAGUUACAUUUUAUGGCAGAUUUCUUUUUUUCACUCUUGACCUUAAACACAUUUACUGGUAUGUGUUGGAUGUUUUAUGUUUUGUUAUUUCUUUUAUUUUUAAUAUUUAAAACAUUUUUAUAAUAGUUGAGAAAGAACCAAGUCUGCUCAUCACAGAGUAAAGUUACAUACAAGAAGA